AUGUAUGGCCCCGAUCGGUUGCAGUAUCCCGCCGUGCGAGAAGGGAACAAAGGAGAAGGGCGGUUUCGACGGGUUUCGUGGGACGAAGCACUAACCCUGGUAUGCAACAAGCUGCAGGCAUCGCGAGACCGUAGCGGAGGAGAGUCGAUCUUGCCGUUUUGCUAUGGCGGAUCGAAUGGAUUUCUUACCCACGGGAUUAUCGACGAGCGACUUUUCCGCAGACUCGGCGCAUCUCAGCUCGCCCGUACCGUGUGUGCCGCGCCCUCGUCCGCGGCUUACAAAGGGCUUUAUGGAGCAAUGCCGGGCGUGGCCAUGCAGGAUUACGCCUCAGCCCGGCUCAUCGUGGUGUGGGGAUGCAAUCCUUCGGCGACGGGAAUCCAUCUUGUUCCUUACAUCAAACAGGCUCGCGCACAGGGGGCGAAGUUGAUUGUGGUCGACCCUCGCGCGACACCACUUGCAAGGCAAGCCGAUUUGCACAUUCCGCUGCGGCCGGGAACUGACUUGCCGGUCGCGCUCAGUUUGAUCAAUCACCUGUUCGAGACUGGCGCCGCCGAUGAGGCAUUUCUGGCCAACCAUACGACUGGCGGUGAGGAACUACGGCGACGUGCGGCGGAGUGGUCGAUAGACCGUGCGGCCGAGGAGGCGGGUGUCGCACCAGAAUUACUCACCUGCUUUGCAGAGUGGUACAGCGAGAUUAACCCCGCAGUGAUUCGUUGCGGUUGGGGGCCCGAGCGGAAUCGGAAUGGUGGUUCGGCCACGGCUGCUGUGCUGUCGUUGCCUGCCGUUGCCGGAAAGUUUGCUGUGCGGGGCGGUGGUUUUACGCUCAGCAAUUCGGCCGCCUGGUCGUUCAACCUGGAAGACGUGAUUGCCGAGAAGAAACCCACGACUCGCGUGGUCAAUAUGAACCUGCUUGGCGAAGCGUUAAUGACCCAACGCGAUCCGGCAAUCGACGUUCUGUUUGUUUACAACGCCAACCCGGUGGCCACCGUGCCGAACCAGAACCGUGUGCGGGAGGGGCUUUCGCGGGAAGAUUUAUUUACGGUCGUGUACGAUUCGAUUCUCACGGACACCGCUCGCUACGCCGACGUGGUGUUACCGGCAACGACGUUUCUUGAACAUCACGAAUUACGACGCAGCUACGGCGCCUUGCUUGUACAGUCGGCAUCGCCAGCGAUCGAUCGUUGUGGCGAGUCUCGCCCGAACUACGAGGUAUUUGCCGAGCUAUGUCAGCGGUUGGGCCUUGCUCAUCCGAACGAUGUGACAUCGGUCGACGCUUUGAGCCAAGCCGUGCUUCGCAGUCACGCAGGGUCGGAUUCGAUCGCGGAAAGCCUUGAGCUUCAUCACGCAUCGUCCCCGCCGUGCGGCUCUUGCCCGGUGCAGUUUGUCGAUGUUUUUCCCACCACCCCCGAGGCAAAAGUCCAGCUUGUCUCGGCUUCGCUCGAAGCGGAGUCAGCGCGAGGAGUCUAUGUCUAUCUGCCCCACCAGGGCGACACCAAGUUCCCGCUGGCGCUCAUUUCCCCCGCCACAUCGCGCUCGAUCAAUUCGACCCUAACACAGUUAGACGACCGUCCCACGAUGGUUGAGUUGAAUCGAGACGAUGCCGGUAAGCGUGGCAUUGAAGAUGGUGCGCGCGUUCGCGUGUGGAAUGAUCUGGGCGAGGUGCAUUGUCGGGCUAGGGUCAGCGUCGACAUACGCCAGGGAGUUGCCGUUAUGCCAAAGGGGCUUUGGUGCCGGCAGAGCGAAAAUGGUCAGACUUCCAAUGCGUUGGCCCCCGAUACAUUGAGCGACCUGGGAAAAGGGGCCUGCUUCAACGACACGCGCGUGGAAAUCGAGUUGGUAUCAGGCGUACGCCGCGCGAUGCGCAGACGAGCCGCGAUUCCGAAUGCCUGUCCUGGUUCACUUGGUAAUGUUCGCCUUACUCGGCGGAACAUGAUUCAAGUGGGUGGGCUGGGGAUGAUGGGGCUGGGAUUGCCGGGGUUGUUUGAAGCCCAGGCGGUGGCCGAGGGCACGGGGCUGGCUCCCAGGGCCGACGCGUGCAUCAUUAUCUUUCUCAACGGCGGGCCCAGUCAUCUCGACAUGUGGGAUAUGAAGCCGGAUGCGCCCGAGGGCAUUCGUGGCGAGUUCAGCCCGAUCGCCACCAGCGUGUCGGGUUACCAGGUGAGCGAUCAGCUUCCGCGGCUGGCUACGCAGAUGCAUCGGGCCACUGUGGUCCGUUCGAUGCAUCACAAUAUCAACAAUGCCCAUGCGGCGGCGGUGUAUGCGGCGCUGACGGGGCACGAUCGAGGUGAGAUUGGUGGUGGGGCGAAGCCAACGGAUAACCCGGCCCCGGGGUCGGUGCUUUCGCAAGUGCGUCCGCCGGUGCGACCGGUGGUGCCGCACGUGACGUUGCCGUACAUCACGAAAGAAGGCGCGGCCGGCCCGCCGCAGCCCGGGUUCUUCGGUGGGUAUCUCGGCGGGGCCUACGAUCCGUUGUUCGUGUUGAAUGACCCUAACGAUCCGGCGUUUGUCGUGCCGGAGCUUUCGUUGCGGGCGGGCGUCACGCUGGAUCGACUCGAUCGGCGGCAACAGUUGUUCAAUUCGCUGGAUGAGCAUUUCGCCUCGGCCAACGGGCAGCGAUCGUUGGAGGCGAUGAGUUCGCAUCAGCAGCGGGCGAUUGAAUUGCUGAUGGCUCCGGCCACGCGAGAGGCAUUCAAGAUUUCGCAGGAAGAGGAACCGCUUCGCGAGUCUUACGGGCGGAACAUCUACGGGCAAAGUGUUCUGCUGGCGCGGCGAUUGAUUGAGGCCGGCACGCGUUUGGUUUGUGUUUCUUGGGCGCCCGACGCCAACGCCACGUGGGACACGCAUGGGGGUAACUUCGCGAAGCUUCGCAACACGCUACUCCCUCAGUUCGACGCGGCCUGUUCGAGCUUGCUGGAAGACCUGGCCGAGCGGGGGAUGUUGGACCGCACGCUGGUGGCCGUGAUGGGCGACUUCGGUCGCUCUCCGCAGGUGAAUCAAAACGCGGGUCGCGACCAUUGGAACUUCUGCUACAGCCUGAUGCUGGCCGGCGGUGGAGUGCCCCAAGGCUUGAUCUACGGAGCCAGCGACAAGAUCGGCGCCUUCCCGGCGGACAAACCACUCACUCCCGGCCACAUCGUCUCCACCAUCUACCACCUCCUCGGCAUUCCCCACGAUUUGGAGAUGCACGACCGGUUGGGGAGACCGCACCGGUUGGUUCCGACGGGGAACCCCGUGCCGGAGUUGAUGGGGUGA